GGGCCCUCCACCAAAAUGUAGAUCGACGUCACCGCUUCCGCCCUGAAUCCCCCUCCUCCCCCCUCUCCCUCCUCCCUCCCCCGGCGUCGUUGGAGCUGCUCGGCUGCCUGCAAUCCAACAUGGAGUAGAGAGAGAUGGGGCUCUAGCGGGGCCACCCCUCGGUAACAACAGCGACGACGCGCUUUUUACGCACAACUGGAACCGAAGUCGUCGGUGAAAACAUGCGCCUUAUUUAAAACGGAGUGUGUGCCUUGUGUGUUCGUUCGUGUGUGCGUGCGUGUGUGUGUUUGGGGAGGGGGGGAGCGAAGAGAAGAGCUGGAUUCGGCUACUAAAUUGUCUGUACAGGCUACGUUACCUACUGAAGGCGAUGGGGUAUUAAAGGUAUAAGAAAGGUGCAUUUGCGAUCCAGAAGAAACUGGGUGUCUUCGGGGGGGAAAUAGGGGGAAAGUGAGGAAAAAGAAGACGGGAGGCUCAGCCAGUCGAAGGCAAGCCAAAGAGCCGACACUCGCACAAAGGCGCAGGGGGAUUUAUGCGGAAUUGGAGACAGAAUCGGAGGAGCAGCGGUGAAAGAAUGACGAGCGACAAGUAUGCAACCGCCGUGGUACAUUACCUGAGGUGAAACGAGAAAAUGAUAGAAGAAACACACCCAAACGAUGACAGCUACAUCGUGCGUGUGAAAGCGGUGGUGAUGACGCGGGACGACUCGAGCGGGGGUUGGCUGGCCCAGGACGGGGGAGCUCUGAGCAGGGUCGGGGUCUGCCGCCUCCUUCCGCCAGAGCUGGCGCCCGUGCCGACCUCCUGUAGCUCCCAGUUCCUCAUCCGUGGUGAGCGGCUACGGGACAAACGGGUGAUCAUGGACUGUCCGUUAAAGAAGGACCUUGUGUACACCAUAGCAACGCCCACGUUUCACCAUUGGAAGGUGGAGGACAGGAAGUGUGGCCUGUCCUUCCAGAGUCCAGCUGACGCCAGAGCGUUCGACAGAGGGGUACGGAAAGCCAUCGAGGACCUGGCUGAAGGCUCCACAACCUCCUCUACAGCACUCCAGAAUGAGGGCGAGCUGGGUGACGACGACGUCUUCACUAACACCACCGACAGCUCAUCCAACUCCUCCCAGAAAUUGGAGAGCUCUCUGCAGCCGCUUGAGUCCUCGCCCCUUCCGCAGAGACACAAGUGCAUGCUGGGACAUCGCCACGACCUCCACGACCCCUACCGGCUCUCAGACCACUACUUCAUGGACCAGCCGUUGUCUCGGCUUCCCCGUCAUGUCACCUUCCAGGAGGACGAGGAAAUCGUCCGCAUCAACCCUCGGGAGCGCAGCUGGGAGCGAACCACCGAGCGUCACUAUGGACGUCAGUCAGAUCGCUCCUGGCUCACGGGCUAUGAGGACUACCGCCACGCCACUGUGCGUGACAAGUUCAUCCAAAUGGACGACUCCGAGCCCUACGUCCACUUUGCCAAGACGGAGGCACAGAAGCACGACUACACCUAUCCUCUGGCACCGUCCCUGUCGCCCUCAGACUCUGACCCCGCCCUCGGACCCUUGGUCAAUAAGGGCCCCGGCGGCUCGUAUCGCCAGGGCUUCUCCCCUGUGGUCUCCGCUCAGCCCCGCUCCUUCCUCCCGAGCUCCUCAUCGUCCACCAAUGGCGGAAAGGGGCAGAAGGAGGACGGGUUGGAGCGAGCUCAGUGUGAGCACUGCGGCGAGGCCUUUUACAUCUCCGACAACCGGAGAGGCCGAUGUCACGAUGCGCCGGACCCUGUGCGGGCGUGCAUCCAGCGGGUCAGCUGCAUGUGGCUGGCAGACACCAUGCUAUACCACUGCAUGUCCGACCCCGAGGGGGACUACUCGGAUCCCUGCUCUUGUGACGGGGGCGAGGGCAGCGGGGGAGGCCGAUUCGGCUCACGGUGGUUAGCUCUGUUUGGCUUGUCUCUGGUGGCGCCCUGCCUGUGCCUCUACCCUCCUCUCCACGCUUGCCACCGGGCGGGGCUCAGGUGCGGCUGCUGCGGAGGCCGACACAAGGCCCUGAGCUGAGCAGCCGCGCUUGGAAACCUCUCAGAGGAAAACAACAAAAACCUAAACCCAACGCAAGCACAGGGAAAGGGAAGGAUGGGGUAAUACACAGAGGGGACAAGUGGUAGUGGCUGCUCACUCUUUUGCCUUGGUUUCUCUGGGAUUCUCUACAAAUUCCAGACACUGAAAUAAGCCAAAAAAACAACAACUGUUGGUGCAUUUUCUGAACGGCCUGGGAAGAUAAGCUCCCCCUUACGGCAGACAGUUCUCUCAGCUCUCCACGUGGCCAUUUCAUGCUCUGUUUCUAGUGAGAGAGCACUCUUUUUCAGGGGGCCUCUUUUUUUUUUUUUUUUUUUUUUUUUUUUUAUAGCUGACCUAUAUGUCAUGUAUCACAUAUGCAGGUACUUUAUACUUUGUACACUGACUCGGCGUCAAAGAACUUGAAUUGUUUCUUUGUUCUAUUUUGUUCUCUUCUUUGAUGUACGCGUGGCCAUUUAGUUUAUAUUCUAUUCCAAAAUCAGGCCCGCUCAGCUCAACUCCGGCUACAAAGAGAAAUCAGACACUACACCUCUUUGCGUGUGUGUGAGUGUGUGUGUGUGUGUGUGUGUGUGUGUGUGUGUGUGUGUGUGUGGAUGGUAUAUGUGCAUGCUUACAAUGUGCGCUGAGGCCUUUUGUUGUCUGUACUGCAGCUCAUAGUAAAGCUCAUGUAUAUAGUCUCCAUAGCUCUCCACCAUCGACAUCUUCUUUAACUGAAUCAAACGUGGUACUUAUCUUAAUUUUCUAAUAUCCCAAAGAUUCAUGCUUUUAUCCUAUUUAUUUUCUCCCACAAUUGAUCUACCAGCAAAUAGGUGCUGGGUCGUGAUUCACUCACUGAAUGAGACGGUAGUCCAAGUCAUGCUACAAUAGUCCAGCAUCCGUCUCCCCCUGCUCCUUUCACGUUAUUUCAAACAGUGCCUAAACUAUCACCUAAACCAGGACCCCAUCCAGUCUUAUAACUCUUGUCAGUUUUUUGGCUUAUUUUAAUUAACAUACACUCAAAGUGGUGUGAGACUAUAAGGCUCUGAUUUCCUCAUUCUUCGCAGAACCUCAGACAGCAGUCCGUGUCACGUCAAGGACUGAAAAAUCAACCAGAGAUACCAUUAAACUUGGUGCCCAUUAUGCCUUAAAAUGUGGACUCUUGCUCCAAACUUUACCCCCCGUCCCACUGAAGAUGUCUGCUAUAAUGAAAAAGCGUGAGCAUAGUUAUGGCUCCAAGCAGUCAGCCUCACCACGUACUUCUUUACUACUUUGUUUUUGUUAAGAAAAGGAACUUUUAAAAAGCUUCUCAUCAAGUGUGUGUACUAAGGACUCCAGUUUUUGCGAUGUACAAUCAGCCCCGUCCACCUAUGGAGCCCACCAGUCACAGAUGUGAAACAGCAACGUCCUAACUGAUGAUCAUCUGAAUGGUUCAAUGAAUAAAACGUGUUCAAAAUAGCUUGAAACAUAAUAUCCCACCACAAAAUGUAUGUUUUAAAAAAAAAAAAAUCUAGCUAUUCAAAUCUGUUUGCUAGUGAGUAGUAAUUAGUAUAAAACCGUCUUAGUUGUUGCCAAAAAUGUAUAAUUAUGAAUGACCUUUGCCAUGUACAAUGCCGCUACAGCAAUGUAGUGAGUCUUAUUUCAAACCUAUUUAUAAAAGGUGAACCUACAUGUCAUUCUUUAGUUGUAAAAGGAAUAAUCUGACACUUAAGGAAGUAUGUGUCUUUGCUUUCUUGCCAAGAGUUAGAAGAGAAGAUCAAUAACACUGUCAUGUCUGUGAGCCCGGAGGUGGUUAGCUUAGCUUAGCAUUAAUACUGGAAACGAGUAAAUCUAGCCUUGUUCUGUCCAAAAGUAACAUAAUCCAACUACUGGUAAAAAGAUCACUAACUAACCUGUUUAAUCCGUGCAAAACACAUUAUGUGCCGGACUAUUUCUUGGCCAGGCACAGUAACUCCCCCCAGUUAGAAAUUGUUCAAAUGAGAUACAAAUGACAUGUUAAUUAGUGAGCAGUUUCCCAGUCUUAAUGCCACGCCUAUUGCCUCUUGGUGCUUUGCUCUUAACAAACUCUUAACAAGAAAGCAAAUAAGAGUAUUUCCAAAAAUGUCAAACUUCCUUUUUAAGGCCAAAAUAAAAACAAAUACAAAUGUUAGAUUAACACGAGAGACAACUUGCUGAAACCACAGUUGCAUGUGACUGGCGGGCGCUAUCCUUCUGUCCUACAGCAUAUUGGUUUUCCUUCAUGCCAGACUUGGUACGUCAUCAUGCCCGCAAUGGGUAACGUGAGAUGUUCCACAACAGAUCGACCGAGAAAGAAACCGUUACUGUUUGUUUAUUCAGGGUCAUAGUGUGUGUGUUGAUGCACAUACUCAUUGGAGGGAAACAAAAAAUGCCAUCCUACCUGUGUCACCUGCUGUUUGAGUGACACUGCAGCCGGUCAAUCAGACCCUCACGGUGACAGCACAACACUAAACUGACAACCGCUUGGGUGCUUUAUGCUUUGUCUAAGCCCGGUUGAUGGCAUCAUUAGGGGAUAUGACCGGGAACACAAUACACUUUUAAGAAUUAAUGAAAAAGAAGUAGAUCAGUAGGGUCCCAUUGGAAAAGAACGGGAGUCCGAAAGACAGCUGAAAUGCUGGAAACAAACAUCCACCCCCGAUUGUUUUGCCAAGGAAAUGUCACUUACUGUAGUUGAAAUACAGAAUGCCUGAGGAUGUCCUUUUCCCUUCCCUGGUUGUGUCUGUCUCAUACAUCCUGUCCUGUGUGUGUGUGUGUGUGUGUGUGUGUGUGUGUGUCCCACAUCCCUUUCCCCUCUCUUGCUCCUUGAUCCAACACUACUGGGAUCAGCUGAAUAUGCCAUCACAUACAAACACCUAUCCAGUAUAAUCAGAUCCUUUGAUGAUGUAUCAGGGACGGGACCAAUCACAUUUGAAAGUGUGUGUGUGUCAGUGUUUAAUCUUUUUUCUUCGUGUUGUCUGGUGUUUGAGUUUGUCCUCUCAUGUCAGAGCCAUUUACAAGUGCCUGAACGCAUCCUCUUUAUCUCCUUGUGUAUUUAAAUUGAAAAAUUAAAAGAAAUGACUCCCUGUAAUGAAUUAGACCCAUUUUUUUACGCUUAGUAUUUUUACCUCUGUAAAAAAAAAAAGAGCAAAAAUUAUAUUAUAUAUAUCAAGUGUAUGUUGUACAUUUUUAUUUCUAUUUUGUUUUUUUUUUAAAUAACUGUUUCUAACAUGUACGAUGGAUGUAGCUCUUGGUUUCAAGAAGGAACAGGAAGUACUUUGUAGAUACUGAAGGGUGGCCAGGUCUGUGAGAAAACUAAAGUGACAUGUGUGUCUUACCUUCCGCCUCCAAUAAAACAAGAUAAAACAGUGAAACCA